CCAAGAUGGAGGCCAAGGGAUUGGCCUACCUUUGUGGGCGACUGGCAGCGGCCCUGCGAGCCCCCCGCGGCCUCGGGUUUGCUCUCAGUCAGUUUUACAAGAGUACCUCACAAGUCGCACCGGUUCACCAUUGUAGAUUUCUUCAUGUUUCUUCGUCAAGGAAAGGGCUGGAGGAAUUUUUUGAUGACCCCAAAAACUGGGGAGCGGAAACGGUCAAAUCGGGGGCUGCAUGGACCUGUGAACAAAUAAGAACCAAGAGUAAUGAAGAUUUACAUAAACUUUGGUACGUUCUUUUGAAAGAGAGAAACAUGCUUCUGACUUUAGAACAGGAGGCCAAGCGGCAGGUAUUACCAAUGCCAAGCCCGGAAAGAUUGGAAAAGGUGAUAGAGUCUAUGGAUGCAAUAGAUACAGUUGUUCAAGAAAGAGACCGGGCCCUGAGACUUUUGCAAACUGGGCAAGAAUAUCCACGACCGGGUGCCUGGAGGAGGAACAUAUUUGGACAGAUUAUUUGCCAGACCGGAAGUGACGUAGGGGCAUCUUCCCCACCGAAGGGCCCGCCUCAGGGCAGGGGAGCCAAGAUGGAGGCCAAGGGCUUGGCCUACCUCUGUGGGCAACUGGCAGCGGCCCUGCGCAAUUGA